AUGCUUGGUGCUGCGAGAGACAUUAAGCAACGCUAUAAACACAUUGACUACUUAUUUCUCAACUCCAGUCACUCGCAAUUGGAAAGAAUCGAUUACGUCCAGGCCACAAAGGACUUUUUCACUCAACCAAUAAAGGCAUUUACGGUAGGGACGUUUAAAGUGCAAGGAAUUAGUAAGACCUCGCUAGAUGGGUUUGCGUCUGUGUUUCAAGCAAAUGUGCUCUCUCCUUGGUACCUCAUUAAUGAAAUUAUUCCCGUUUUAAAAGAUGGUGGAAGAAUUAUCUGGAUUUCAACAUCUAUUGCACUACCCGAAAUGCUCUCAGAAGAUGAUUUGGGUCUUGUCAAAUGUAAAUAUUCUUACGAAGCGUCAAAAUAUGAGAUUGAACUUCUUCAGCACGCAACGUACCAGUCCUUGUACAAUAAAUAUGGCAUCCAAUCCUGGCUAUUACAUCCAGGAGUUUUCAAGAGCACGACAUUUGUACCCACUCUAAACGUUUUUGCCUAUGUUGGUAUGUUCCUUAUGUUUUACAUCUGUAGACUCUUCGGAAGCAAGUACCACUGUAUUUAUCCUGAAGUUGCUGCUAAUGCUCCUGUAUGGGCGGCUGUUGGGUCUGAUCCCGAAAAAGAUGAUAUGUCUUUAAAAUAUGGCUCUGCUACCGAUCGCUGGGGAAACGAAGUGUUAGAAAGGGCAAAGUUACAAGUUGUACCUGGUCUUUCAGAAAAAAUCUAUGAAUAUGUUGAGCGCCAACGAAAAGAACUCCAGAGCCGCCUGAAAGAUCAAGUUGUAGAGCGAUAUCUUUACUAG